AAUAAUGCAAACUUUACCCUGCGUUGGCCAAUAACAUACAGGCAUUGCCGUUGGCAGGGAAUUAUAAAUUCUAAAUCAUAAGACUGUCACUGCGUUUCUACUUUGACUAAUGCUCCGAGUGGCUUGCAGGAAUCACAAAAAAGAAAAGGUCUCAAUAAAAGCAGUAUGGCAGUUGAAGGAGGUACCAAAAUCAUCAAAUACCUGGUGUUGUUCUUCAACCUUCUCUUUUUUAUCUUUGGUAUAAUUUUGGUUGCUAUUGGAGGUUGGGCAGAGGCUAAGUAUGGCUCCUACCUUGCUCUCUCCAAUAUCGAAUACGCUUCUGGGUCAAGGCUGUUGAUUGCUGUUGGUGUCAUUAUUGCUGUUGUGGCGUUCUGUGGUUGUUGUGGUGCCUACAAAGAGAACAAGUGCUUGCUGAUGAUUUUCUUUGCACUGCUACUUAUCAUCCUGAUCUUGGAGAUCACGUCAGCUGCUCUCGCCUAUCAGCACAAAGACAAGGUCAUGGCUACGCUUCAAAAAGACAUCAACAGCACCAUUGCCACCAAAUACGGAUCGGACAAAGGAACCACGGACCUUAUCGACUUGCUGCAGCAAAAGGAAAAGUGCUGUGGUGGUAUUAGUUACCGGGACUGGACAAUGAACCCGAAGUUCAACGUGAGCAAAGUUCCUGACAGCUGUUGCAUCACAAAGACAUCUGGUUGUGGUUCCACUUUCGAUAGUUCUACCCCCACCAAUGCGGCCAAGACAAUCUAUACAAUGGGCUGCGAAACGAAACUCAAGGAGUUGAUCACCAGCAAGUUGAAUGUCAUCGCUGGGAUGGCUAUUGCCAUAUUGGUCAUUCAGCUUCUUGGAAUGAUAUUUGCACUGUGCCUCAUUUGCCGAAUGGACAAGGGAGAAUCUGUCUAAGUGUGUUUUUUCAAAUAAAUGGUCUACGUGAAUCAAUAUCAAGAAACACCAAGGGGAUACUGAUGAUGGAAGCAAGCGAAGACCGUUGUUAACCGUACAUCUUGGUAGAAAUUCAUGUCUUACGUCAGAUGAACGUUUUUCUUAUCACUAAAAGCCAGAAUGAACCCAAUUUCCUUAUGUUAGUCCUGCAACCUGGCAACAUCACUAUCCCAGUACUGUAUACUCUAGGCGUCAAUGACGAAAAAGGUGAAACCUGCGAUUCAUAUCAAAACUAGCAGUCUCCACAAUUACCCGUACUAUAUGAGAAAGCAAGUAACAUUAAACUCAUACAUAACUUGUGA